UGGAUUCAAGUCACGGUUACCAUGGAGACCGUCAGUGCAUCUGUCAAACGUGCAACUCUGAGGUCAGUGAAGAUCCAUCAUCACCUGCAGCAGUCUGUUCAACUUCAUCUACACAGAAACAAGAGUUGACAUCACUGAUGGAGAAAUAUCUGGAAGAAGAGGAGAUAACCAACAGGAGCAUGAGCUCACCAGCAGAGAUGGUCAUAAAUCCAGCCGAACCUUAUGGCGAGGAUGAGAAGAGUUUUGUGGGAGAACAAGUGGAUCCACAGCCGAGUGCCGACACUGUGGAGAAACCAUACUCCUGUGACUGGUCUUACUCAGAGCAUCCUAAGAGUAUCCACCCUGGAGAGGAGCCCUACACCUGCAACCAGUGUGGGAAGUUUUUCAGACCCUCUGGAAAUGUAAAGGUUCAUCGGCGGACUCAUACUGGAGAGGACACCUCCACCUUUGACCAGUGUGGGAAGAGUUUCAGCAAUCGUAGAAGUUUAGAGCGUCAUCAGCGGACUCAUACUGGAGAGAGGCCCUACACCUGUGAAGAGUGUGAGAUGAGUUUCGCAGUGGCUGGAAAUUUAAGGCGUCAUCAGCAGAUUCAUACUGGAGAGAAGCCCUACACCUGUAACCUGUGUAGGGAGAGUUUCACACGCUCUGAAAAUUUAAAGCGUCAUCAGCAGACUCACACUGGAGAGAAGCCCUUCACCUGUGAGCAGUGCUGUAAGACUUUCACGCGACGUGAAAAUUUACAGAUUCAUCGGAGUAGUCAUGUUGGAGAACAAAUACACACUUGCAAGGAGUGUGGGACGAGUUUCUCAUUGGAACGCUGUGUAGAGUGUGUACCUGAACUGUCUGAAUCUAUUAAGUGUUAAACAUGACAUGUGAUCUGUAAAGGUUGUCAUGAAAAUAUUUCAAUAGAAUUGAUACUGCAUGCAA